UAGAAAGUGAACUGGCUGCCAAGAUGGAGAGGAAGGAACAAAGCAUGACCUUCUACAGUCCUGAGGUCUCCAAAAUAAAAGGGAACCGGAAAUACCAAAGGCCUACCCUUCCUACCAACAAGCAAUCGAUGUCAGCCCAGAAGCGGCAGCUGUAUGUGGAUCAGGCAUACACCUAUACCCGGAUGUUCGGUGGCAGCCUCUCUGUCUUUAGCCUCCUGCUGCUGAUCUGCACGUCCCCACUGAGCUGGGUGCAGUUCCUGGUGACCAACAAUGGCAUUGAGCUCAACGCAGGACUAUGGACCUUAUGCCACCAUGAGCUAUGCUGGAGCCACACACCCAAGCCACCCUAUUACCUCCAGUAUUCCAGGGCCUUGUUCAUCAUCUCUGUCCUCUGCAUGCUUACUGGCCUCGGCUUGCUCUUCAGCUCCUGCCACCCUGCAGAAGGAAUCCUGUCCUCUGAGUUGGAUCUGAAGGUGUGCAUCCUCAGCUUCUGCUCAGCUGUCUGCUUGCUCCUCUGCCUCAACCUGUUUCUGGCCCAGGUUGAGUGGUACACAAAGAGCACCAUGGAAUCAGAGUUCCUGUGGGCCUAUUAUCUUAAUUGGUGCAGUGACAUCUUGUAUGUCUGUGCUGGGAUCAUUUCUUUUCUCAACUACAUAACUUUCCAAUCUCAUCUUCCUGAUCAAAGUGACACUAUGACCCCACAGCAUAAGUCUAGGCUGCAAAACCCACCAAUAAUACCGCCUGCUACAGCUGCAAAGUCAAGUCCUGAGAUGCAAUUUCUAAGUGGGAGAGGGGAGAAACAACCAAGUGUGAUACAAGAAAAACAGCCAAGUAUGAGAGGGGAGAAACAACCAAGUACGAGACUGUGAUAGAAAUAGGGAAGGGUAAAUCCUGCUGUCGUGCAAACAGAGGUGGGCUAAGUGAGAAAUGAUUGUGCAAAUUCGAUGAAA